AAAUAACUUCUCAGAGCCCAAUGCCGUCUUCAUCAUUAGCAAUUGUGAAGUUUUUGGUUAAAUAUUGUGGUGCUGACUUAAGUUGUAAAGAUAAGUUCAACAAAACUGCUUUACAUCAUGCUGUUGAUGUUGGUGAAACAGACAUUGUCAAAUAUUUUGUUGAACAAUGUGGCGCUAAUGUAAAUGGCAAGGAUAAAAGACGGUGGACAGCGCUGAACAAUGCUGUUACUGAAGGUUCGCUGGAAAUAGUAAAAUAUCUUGUUGAACAUGGAGCUGAUGUGAAUGGCAAGGAUAUAUACGGAUGGACAGUGCUUCACUACGCUGUUACUAAAGGUACGCUAGAAAUGGUGAAAUAUCUUGUUGAACAUGGAGCUGAUGUAAAUGGCAAGCGUACUAACGGCUGGACAAUGCUGCACGAUGCUGUUACUAAAGGUACCGUAGAAAUAGUGAAAUAUCUUAUUGAAUAUGGCGCUGAUGUAAAUAGAAAGGAUAAUGACGGAUUGACAGUGCUGCACUAUGCUGUUACUGACGGUACGGUAGAAAUAGUAAAAUAUCUUGUUGAACAUGGCGCUGAUGUAAAUGGCAAGGGUACUGACAGCUGGACAAUGCUGCACGGUGCUGUUACUAAAGGUACCGUAGAAAUAGUAAAAUAUCUUAUUGAAGAUGGCGCUGAUAUAAAUAGAAAGGAUACUGACGGAUUGACAGUGCUGCACUAUGCUCUUACUGAAGGUACGGUAGAGAUAGUAAAAUAUCUUGUUGAACAUGGCGCUAAUGUAAAUGGCAAGGAUACUUACGGGUUGACAAUGCUGCACUAUGCUGUUACUAAAGUGCUGCACUAUGCUGUUAUUAAAGUUUCGCUAGAAAUAGUAAAAUAUCUUGUUGAACAUGGCGCUAAUGUAAAUGGCAAGAAUACUUGCGGGUUGACAGUGCUGCACACUGCUGUUAUUAAAGGUUCGCUAGAAAUAGUAAAAUAUUUUGUUGAACAGGGCGCUGAUGUAAAUGGCAAGGAUACUGACGGAUGGACAGUACUGCGCAGUGCUGUUAUUGAAGGUACGGUAGAAAUAGUAAAAUAUCUUGUUGAACAUGGCGCUGAUGUAAAUGGCAAGGAUACUAACGGAUGGACAGUGCUGCACGCUGCUGUUACUAAAGAUUCACUAGAAAUAGUAAGAUAUCUUGUUGAACAUGGCGCUGAUGUAAAUGGCAAGGAUACAUACGAAUGGACAGUACUGCGCAGUGCUGUUAUUGAAGGUACGGAAGAAAUAGUAAAAUAUCUUGUUGAACAUGGCGCUAAUGUAAAUGGAAAGAAUACUCGCGGGUUGACAGUGCUGCACGCUGCUGUUACUAAAGGUUCACUAGAAAUAUUAAGAUAUCUUGUUGAACAUGGCGCUGAUGUAAAUGGCAAGGAUACAUACGGAUGGACAGUACUGCGCAGUGCUGUUAUUGAAGGUACGGAAGAAAUAGUAAAAUAUCUUGUUGAACAUGGCGCUGAUGUAAAUGGCAAGUAUACUGACGGAUGGACAGUGCUUCACCAUGCUGUUACUAAACGUACCCUAGAAAUAGUAAAAUAUCUUGUUGAACAUGGCGCUCAUUUAAAUGGCAAGGAUACUGACGGAUGGACAGUGCUUCACCAUGCUGUUACUAAAGGUUCGCUAGAAAUAGCGAAAUAUCUUGUUGAACAUGGCGCUGAUGUAAAUGGCAAGGAUACUUGCGGAUGGACAGUGCUUCACUAUGCUGUUACUAAUGGUUCGCUAGAAAUAGUAAAAUAUCUUGUUGAACAGGACGCUGAUGUAAAUGGCAAGGAUACAUACGGAUGGACAGUACUGCACACUGCUGUUACUGAAGGUACGCUAGGAAUAGCGAAAUAUCUUGUUGAACAGGGAGCUGACGUAACUUUGAAAAGUAAAAUCAGCGUUCAUACUCUUGGCAUUGACAUCCUGAAGAUGGCUGUUGAGAAAAAUUCAGUUGCUUUGGUCCAUCUUCUGUUGGAAAAGAACAUCGCUGUGUGGAGAGCUGGAACAUUUCUUGUUGAAGGAAGACAAAUGAGUCUUCUUGAAUGGAGUAUUCACCUUGGUCAUGAUGAAAUUACAACUAUCCUCAAAAGGUCCGUAAAUCAUCGUGAGAAGAUUCAGAUGUUGAAAACAAUGAAUUGUAACCAGUUAAAAGAGACUGAAGCACCAAUGCAGGCUUUUGUCGCCAAGAAUCAAUUCAAAAUUGGUGCUGGUGGUUUUUCUUGUGUGUAUGUUGGUCUUAUGAAGGAUGGAAAUGAAGUUGCUGUUAAGAGAAUUUUAGUACAAAAUGAGGAUGAAACAGUUGAAAACGAAAAGGGAAUCAUGAGUCUUAUUGAAACAAACUCUCCAUUUAUAGUGAAAUAUCGACAUUUUCACCGUGACGAUAUCUUCAUGUAUCUUAUUGUUGAUCUUUGCGAAGAAACCUUGAGGGAACUUGUUCAUGCAUCCAGUAUUGAACAUCUACAAGAGCAUGGUCCACGAAUGAUUAGGGAAAUUCUAUCAGGACUUGAAUUUCUUCAUGGUAAAGGAAUAUUGCACAGAGAUCUAAAACCAUCAAACGUCCUGGUUGAUAUCGAAGGCCGCAUGAAAUUGGCAGACUUUGGAAUAAGCCGCGUUCUAAAUGAAGAUGAAACGACAGUUGAAACAGAUGCUAAAGGUACUCGCGGAUGGAUGCCACCGGAAGUAAUUGAAGCCAUAAAGAGAAACGAAAAGGGUCGUUUCAAAAGGAAAUCAGAUGUCCAUGUCGCGGGUAUGAUUGCUUUUUACGUGUUGACCAAAGGUGAACAUCCUUUUGGAUCUGAAUUAGAUCGAAUGAAAAAUAUUUCAGAGGAUAAUCCUGUCAAUUUGGAGAAACUUGGUGACCACGAAGCUCGUAGGUUUGUGUCGUGGCUGAUUAAUCACAAGAUUGAUGAUAGACCUCGCGCUCACGAAGUAUUGAGGGAUUCCUUAUUAAGCAAACCACAAGGAACACAGCGAACAAUUAAACAACCAACCACAACGUUUGUUUUAGAUGAUGAAUCCUUCCUAGCCUAAUUUUGUCCUUGAAUAGGGAAUUUGGAGCGACACAAGGGCGACAGAACAUAGCUAAUUUUAAAAUAAUUAUCACAAUAAUAUAGUAGAGGGGGGAGGGACAGCCACAGUUUGUCCUUGAAGGGGAACUUUUGAGCGACACAAGGGCGACAGAACAUAGCUAAUUUUAAAAUAAUUAUCAAAAUAGUAUAGUAGGGGGGAAGGGGACAGCCCAAGUUUGUCCUUCAAGGGAAAACUUGGAGCGACAAAAAUUCGACACAAGGGCGACAGAACUAGUUGCAUCAGGCGACAAUAAAGCAAUGCUGAACGCAGCCGCCGUGGAUUAGCAUUUCGUAGACGGUCGGUAGCAACUUUGAUGGUCGGUAGCAUCAUCUACGGCUUCGGAAGUCGCCGUGUAUCUCGCGACACUUUCCGAAUCCUUUCGUCAAAAAUCGAUAACAUGUUGAAUACUAUUGUUUAAUCAAGGUAUUCUAAUAAUAUGCAAGUUGUUUUAUCGAGGUGAUUCUCAAUCCUAUUUCAAUCAUCCUGAUAAUAGUUUAGCAGAUUGUGCUGUA